UUCCCGAGCGAGUGUCUUGUUUUCUCCGUGGCGUGGUUUGUGUUUGUUUCACGUUACUGUGCUUUUUGUGCGCCUGUAAUCUGGGGUUUAUGUUUCAAUUGCGUACGACUUUUUCAUGGGGGUUGUGAAUUGUGAUUUGUUUUUUACGCUUACUCGGCUAGGGUUUGCGUGUCAUGUAUCUGUUUCGAUUUAGUUUGUUGGAUUCUGGAUCUUGAUUGAUCGAGACGGACGAAGUGACAUUCCGACUGGGUUAGGAUUGAAAUUCAGCUUUUGCAUCUCCAGAAUUUCGUGGCAUUCUUUGGAAAUGAGAAUUGGGGGUAAGCUCGAUUAUUAGACAAUACCAUGUUUCUUCGUAAGAUUAGUUCCUCUCAUGAAGAUGAGCAUGCUGAGCACAAGAUUGAAGAGCUUAAAGCUUCUCUUGGACAAUUGUCUGGCCGGAGUCUGCAAUACUGCACUGAAGCUUGUUUGAAAAGAUAUUUAGAAGCUCGUAGCUGGAAUGUAGAAAAAUCAAAGAAGAUGUUGGAGGAAACACUCAAAUGGAGAUCCAGCUAUAAACCUGAAGAAAUCCGUUGGCAUGAAGUUGCUGCUGAAGGUGAGACAGGGAAACUAUUCAGAGCAAAUUUUCGUGAUCGUCAUGGUAGAACUGUUCUUAUACUUAGACCAGGAGUGCAGAAUACAACAUCAGUAGAUAACCAGAUCAAACAUCUGGUAUAUCUAUUUGAGAAUGCCAUACUCAAUCUACCAGAUGGACAGGAAGAAAUGGUAUGGUUGAUAGAUUUCACUGGCUGGUCUUUAAGCUGUAGUGUUCCCAUCAAAGCUGCACGGGAUACCAUCAACAUAUUACAAAAUCAUUACCCAGAGAGACUGGCUGUAGCAUUUCUCUACAGCCCCCCACGCAUAUUCGAAGCUUUUUGGAAGAUUGUCAAGUACUUUAUGGAUCCCAAAACCAUCCAGAAAGUGAAAUUUGUGUACCCAAAGAAUAAGGAUAGUGUGGAACUCAUGAGCUCAUAUUUUGAUGUGGACAAUCUCCCGACCGAGUUUGGAGGCAAAGCUACUCUGCAUUACGACCAUGAGGAGUUCUCUAGGCUUAUGGCAUUAGACGAUAUCAAGACUGCUAAAUUCUGGGGUUUCGACAGGCAACAAUGUCCCAAGGUGCCUCCCGAGCUCUAGCCUGUUACUGUACCAUUUUAUCGAGUUUAGUUUAGAAGCUUUCUAGACUAUAUUGGCUGCAGCAUAUUUGUACUCUUCUUGCUGAAAAUGGUGAACCUUUCCUUCAAAAAGGAAGUUCUUGGAUCAGUGUUUGAUCAAAUUUAAACAUGAGGAUUCUUUGGAUUUAAUCAUCAUUACUUGAUGUGUGUAUGUAUCCACAGCAAAUAAAACACACUUGUAUUCAAAAGAUCAGAUAAAACAAUGCCAUGACACAGAGGAGACAGUCAAAAAGACAUCUACACUAAAUGCAGCUAUUUCCUAUGAACUCGAUCUUCUUGAAAAAAAAAAAGAAAAAAGAAAA